ACGAGACAGAAAGGGCCACUGUAGGACUCGGCGAUCGAAAACACAAUAGACAAGCUCUUGUGCUUGGAUGCGAACGACUUUGCAGAGGAGCCGAAUGUGGUUUUCUGUCUAUGGCGCAUCUUUAGCUCGGCGAUUGGACGCAGGAUCAGCUCGUAAUAAUUAUUUAUUUCGCCCAUUCUGCGCCGCACCGGUGGAAGAACCGUGAUCGAGGCAGCGACAGCGACGAGCUGAUCAUGGAUUAAUGCCCGAGUGAUUUUUCAUCUACAAGAUUCCCAAUGUUGAACAUGUCCACACCGAGUGAACUGAAGUCCCCCUGUGUGACUCGUAACGGUAUGGUGAAGUUGCCCCCAAGCCAGCCCAACGGCCUGGGCAGUGCAAGCAUCACCAAGGGGACGCCUGCCGCCAAGAACCGCCUGUGUCAGUCCUCCUCUGUACCCUCCAUCCUUCCUCCUCCACCAUCUUCUCUAUCCUACCACCAUCACCACCUGGAUGGUCCAGGUAUGCCCCACGCUGCAGCUCCUCUCCUGCCCUCUGAGCCUGGGAAACCUCUGGUGGGUCUGAAACCGGCUCUUUGCCAGCUCCCUCCUCUCACCCUGCCCAAACCUGUACUGCUGGAGCGCCAGCUGGUUCUGGAUGAGAAGCUGCUCAACCGGCUGCUUUGGUACUUCACCACAGCGGAGAAAUGUGUACUGGCGCAGGUGUGCAAGACGUGGCGCAAGGUGCUGUACCAGCCUAAGUUCUGGGAAGGAGUGACACCCAUCUUGCAUGCUAAGGAGCUGUACACCUUACUGCCCAAUGGGGAGAAGGAGUUUGUCAGCCUCCAGGCCUUUGCUCUGCGUGGAUUUCAGUCGUUCUGUUUAGUCGGUGUUUCAGACCUUGACAUUUGUGAGUUCAUUGACAACUACCCGCUGUCCAAGAAGGGUGUUCGGUCAGUCAGCCUCAAGAGGUCCACAAUCACAGAUGCUGGUUUGGAGGUUAUGUUGGAGCAAAUGCAGGGCCUGAUGCAUCUCGAACUGUCAGGCUGCAACGAUUUCACAGAGGCUGGCCUCUGGUCGAGCCUCAACGCUCGGCUCACUUCCCUCAGCGUCAGUGACUGCAUCAAUGUGGCGGAUGAUGCCAUUGCUGCUAUCUCACAGCUCCUGCCCAACUUAUCAGAGUUGACCCUGCAGGCUUACCAUGUCACUGACACAGCCAUGGCCUACUUCACAGCCAAGCAGGGCUACACCACCCACACUCUGCGGCUUCACUCAUGCUGGGAGAUCACCAACCAUGGUGUGGUAAACAUGGUCCAUAGCCUGCCAAACCUGACUUCUCUCAGUCUCUCUGGCUGCUCCAAGAUCACAGAUGACGGUGUUGAGCUGGUCGCUGAGAACCUGCGCAAGCUCCGCAGCCUGGACUUGUCUUGGUGCCCUCGGAUCACGGACAUGGCUCUAGAGUACAUUGCCUGCGACCUGCACAAGCUGGAAGAACUGGUGCUGGACAGGUGUGUACGGAUCACAGACACAGGCCUGGGAUACCUGUCUACCAUGUCAUCAUUAAGAAGUCUCUAUCUGCGCUGGUGCUGUCAGGUGCAAGAUUUUGGGCUGCAGCAUUUAUUUGGCAUGAGAAGUCUUCGCCUACUGUCUCUUGCAGGCUGCCCCCUGCUGACCACCACUGGUCUGUCAGGCCUCAUCCAGCUACAUGAGCUGGAAGAGCUGGAGUUGACUAACUGCCCCGGAGCAACUGCUGAGCUCUUCAAGUACUACUCCCAGCACCUGCCUCACUGCAUGGUCAUCGAAUAAGGCCAGCCCAUGACCGACAGACCACCAUACUUCCUGUUUUUCUCACUCUUAUACUAAAUGCUAACUGCUCCUCUUGUAACACUGUUGCUCAUUACCUGACCCUACACCCAGCCCGUCUUCCUCCACACCACUCCAUUGAGUAGACUGACCCACAGCUGGACAGAGAGGAAGGAACUCAGACGAUGGUACGUGCCAGACCGGGACGAUAAUGGGAUGGUAUCUGAGGAGAUGCUGGAGUAAAGAGUUUGAUGUAACAUCUCGUCUCAGAGCAAGUUUUUUUUUUCUGGCUGUUGUCUACAGAGAAGACGGCAUCUUCAAAGACUCUGAUAGUGUUGACUUAAUGGAUACUGAAGUGAGUGACGGGCAGAUGCAACACGGGAAAUAAGAGAAAAGGAAAUAAAGAUUUAUGUGUUUUAGCUGUUGGACCUUACAUAUGCGGUCAUACGCCGUAAACAUCCUGUAUAUGGUGAAAGCAGUCAGUGUAAGUCCUCAACACCACGAGGACUGACAUCUCAGACUCAACCCAUCAGUUGGUGUAAUAUAAACGCUUUAUUCAUUCUUUUUCUCAGACGUAUUUGGCGCUUCAGUUUUCUUUGUUUCGGGAAAGCCAUAUGUCAUCCCACCAUACACCACAUGCCAGCUGAAAAAAACAAGAACAGUUCAAUCAGUGACGACAGGGAUGGGAACAUCUCUCUGUUUCUCCUUUGUGUGUGUCAAGUGUUCGUUGUGGACUUGGAGGACCCAUCAUUUCGGAAUAAAACCACCACUCCCGUUUCUGUGUCUUAUCAGAAAUCAAAAAAGAAAACUAAAGUAAUAAGAAACCACAAACAAACAAUCACAUCUGUUUACGUUGGGUUUGAUUUGGGGGGUUUGCACUCUGGUGUGAUUGUUGUUCCAUUUGGUUUUGUGCUCCUUUCUACAGUUUUUGCACACAGAUGUAGUUUACAGGCCUGGAGGAGACACGGUGAGAGUCUGCUAACGAUAUGAUGCUCGUGUCUCAAAUGGUGAAUAGAACCGAAUUACAAAUGUGACGGGACAUGGGCUCUCAAGUUCAGUAAAGGGGUUCAGAUUUGACUUCCUGAACUUUGAGUGUCUGAAUUUGAAAUUGUGCUCACUGAAGCUACUUAUUUAUUGUGUGCAGUUUGCUAAAGCCAGGUUACUUUAAGGCAGUGAAUGCAGGUGGGUUGCUCUUGGUGUUCAAAUCAGAGAAACUAUUCAGAACUACUCUAAACUAUUAGAACAAUGUCCAGUAGAAACAAGAGUCUCAUUGGUGAGAAAUGUUGCCACUAAGCCACAGUCAGAGAAAUCAUUUGACGUAAAAACAAACAGCAUGAACGAGGUUUCACAUUUUCAGUCCAAACUGAUAAUGAGCUCUAAGCUGCCUUCUGCUGGUCACUGGUUGUGUUUGUAAAAUGACACUGGUAACCAUAACAUCAGUAGCUGGGAAUCCCGCAGGUCGCCUCCUAAAGAAAGGAGCAGAAGCAGACAGGUGUAGGUAUGCCAACCCUAACCAAACCCCACUGACCCAGUUUGGUAUCAGCUGUAAACUGUAAAGUGAGCAGCAUAACACUGACCAGGGCUUUGGACUGCUAAACCGAUAACUACUCACAGUGUUUGAUUCUACAGUAGGUAAUAAAAGACAAAAGCUCCCCGUAAGCCAAAGAAUCUUACAGUAAGUCGUUUUCCACCCCAAAUCGGCGAGUCCAACAGAGAGCCUCCAUCCUGCCUCGCUGGUUGAAGAGACGGUAUCAGCGUCAGCCGUCGUUUGCUUGUGACAAAUGUUGCUUAAAUGUGGCUGGUUGUUCCUAAGUGACGACGAUGAAACGGACCGACUGUACGAACAAUGUAGAGCAUGCAUGUUUUUAGUUGGUCUGCCUUUUUGUUACAGAUCGGUUCCUUUUAGAUGUUCUUCAGCAUUUCUUCAUUGGACAUGAAUACAUUUAUUUAUUCAUGUAUUUAUUUAUUUAUUUAAAUCAAUUUGUGUCUGAUGUAAUUUAUUUAUUGAAGAGACAUUCUUAAAUCGAUUUUGUGUUUGUUUCAGAACCUGCUUUUAAUCUGGGCUUAUUUCAUUUAUUGCUGUCACUGCUACGAUGAUUAUUAUAAUCACCAUGAACCAUUGACAUCAAUGAAUUGUCAGAAUACACAGAAGCAUCUUAUUUUCAUCUGUUCACUUCUGUCAGCUAUGUUCCCCUUUCUUAAAAAUAAGGGAGCAGAUAUUGGCAAUUUUCUAAUUAUUUGUAAUUGUUCUGAAUAUGGCAACAAAAUUUAUAUAUACAUAUAUGUGUGUGUGUGUGUGUGUGUGCGCGCGCGCUUGUUGAAGAUUGAAUGGAAGAUUGUUAACAUAAUACUGGAUUUGAUUGAUGUAAAUAAGAUCGGAGCAUGAUCCAGCACGCUUGUUCUAACAUACCACUUUUAUUAGUUUAGAGAGAGACUUUUAAAAACACUUUAUGGUGGCAUGACAAACGGAUGGUUUUCUUAUUAGUCUGACUCGCUGCUUAAGUGAAAAUCUAUUUUUAUACAUCACCACACUCACAUCCAAGUCCUGAUUAGCGUGCCCUUUGCAGCUAUUUGCAGAUUAACUGUCAGCAUUUAUUGAUUUAUUCAAAUUUCACUCGAAGUUUACGUUUGGGGAACCAAAAAGGACAGUUUAGCCAUGUUCUUAUAUGCAUCAUUGAAUUCAGUUUUUUUAAUGAGUAAUGCACAACGUGUGAUAGAAAUCGUACUGCUCAGCUGUCACACUGUGUUGUGCACCAUGCUCCUGCCUCGACUCUGACUCCUGAUCAGCACAGCUGUGUUUGUGCUCUGUCAGUAUUUUGCUUUGGAUGAGCUUCCAACAGCUUCACAUAUAUGUUUACGUAGGAGCGCUGGGAUGCACAGCUGUAUCCUCACGACAAACAGCAACAAACUCAACUCCAUCAUCUGCCCUUAUUUUGAGUCAUUUCCACUAGAGUAUUGUGUCUACAUCUGAGGAGUGCAGCUUUACAAAGCAGCCAAACAAAUAGUUUACUGAAUAUGACACACAGACACACACAGUGUGUGCUGAUUGCUUAUCUGACCAUGCAAUGACUGAGAGGAAGUGCAGGCCCGAGAGCUUCUUGUGUCGUACUUGUACCUGCUGAUGUGGACCGUUUGAAAAAGAAUCUUUCCUUCUGAACAACAAAGUGGUUUGGAUUCAUAAAAACAUGAAACGAGCUGAUGUGUGUAUAUUUAGUGACAAAAUCCAUUUUGUAAUACUAGUUAAAUAAAAAUGUACUGCUCUAAACUACAGGUUGAACUAAAUAACAACAGCUUGUGUCAAAAUAUUCUUAGUUAAAUCACUUCCUGUGCACGUGUUCUGAAGCUCCCACUUCUUUUCACAUGACACACAUGCUGUGGAGCUGAAGUCUGGACUGCUUCUGUUUCUUUAAGAUGUUCCAGCUCUCACCCAAGGAGCGCCUUCAGUUCUGAGACCAGCUGGUGGAGAGUCCCAGAUUUUAAGCCAGCUAGUGGGACGCGUUCCUUACGAUGGUCGGUGACCCGGUAUUGGAUGCCACACAUUCAGACAAAAACUGCUUCAUCCAAGGACAAAGUUCCCAAACACAAACUAAACAACGUAGUGUCAGCUGUGCAGCGGAGAGGGCUCAGAGCCCAAACAGCCACUUUAUAAAUGCAUGGCAUAACAUAGAAGAGCCACCUCCACAGGACAAGACUCUGCUAUAAGUCUGCAUCUAAAGGUCAAAGGUCACUCUUUGAGGAUGGCAGUGUUCACAUUUUGGACAGAGAAGACAGAUGGAUGUCCACUGUGAAUGACCAUCUUUGAACAGAGGGCGUUCAACGAUGGUCACUCUUUGAACACCACUGUGAGACCUUACAACACCAACCUAAAGCCCAGUCACAUGAUAUAUUCACUAUGGGACAAACCUCUGCUGAUUCGCCUUUUUUCCACACCUCGGCUCAUGUGAUGAGGCACAUAAUCAAUAGUGGGUCAGUGACCCUCUUACUCCCACUAAGGCUCACAUACCUGGGACUGUCCACCAGUUGAUCUCAGAACUGAGAAGUGUUCUUGAAUGAAACGUCUUUAGGAAACUUAAAGAAGUCCAGUCGCUCGUUAGAUUACCAUGACCUGGGUGACUGAGAACCUACACACACAAUUAUAACAUACACACCACUUGUGACCCUCGAGCGGUCAGCCACAGUAUUUUACCAGAGAGAAGAACAACAACUGGACUCCUCCAGAAUAACUAAGAAAUGCUGGGACGUCCUGCCCCCACACUGAGCUAAGGGCUGCUCUUUCACAUCAGUCUCAUUUCCCUUGUCUGUACUUUGUGCCACAGAGAGGUACUACUUCAUAAUGUGCUGAUCCAAAAAAUGAGGCAAACCGUUCAAUCACAGUUGUACAUUGUGUAAAGUGUGGAGAACAAAAUGAUGUAACUAUGAUGGAAACCAAAAUCCAACAUAACCCUUAGACGACAGGAUUCAAACGAUGAUACUGAAACACUUUUAUGAGUAAAAAAAUAAAUAAAUUAAAACUUUGUUGCACAUCUUUCUUUUGGGUUUUCUAAA